GGCCACCGCCGCCGGCCUUCCCUCCCCGCCCCCCGCUCACCGGAGCUCCCCCUCCUCUCGGCUGCCGCAGCCUAGCUCGUCGCACGCGUCAGCGUGGGCUCCCCGGAGCGAGUCGCUAGGUAACAGGCUAGCUCCGCAGACCCGGGGCCGGGGAAGCCCGCGCGCGUCGUCAGCAGCUGCGCCGCGGGGCGGGGGGCGCACGGACCCUCCCCCAUCCGGGGCUGCAGACGCCAGGCUCUCGCUCAGCCCCCUCCCAGGAUGACUUAAAGACACCGAUCGCGGCCCCCGAGGUGUCCCUCCCCUGCAGAGACCCCAACACCACCAGCCCCUUCCUCCUUCCCAGCUGGUGCCCGCUGCUCUGCGCGCGGCCAGGUGGGCGACCCGCCGCUGCGGUCACGGUCGCGGUAGCAGCCGGUCCUCCAGCCGAGCCCCGGCGCGGGGCAUGAGGAGCCCCUGGGUGUCGCCUGGAGACCACCCGGCUGCGCGCACACCUCGCCAGCGGCGGACAGGGACAUGAACAGCGCGCUCGGGGUCCCGCGCCCAGCGGCCAGCCCCAGCCCGCGGCGGCCAGCGAGUCAGCGCUGCCCGGGAGAAUGAGGCAGGAGCCGGCGGCAGCUUCCUCUUUCUCCUCCUCCUCGCCUUCCUCUGGCUCUGGCGCCCCGGGCCCGGGCCGGGCUGUGGCUCUGCUGCGUGCCCCGCGCGCCCCCCGCCCGCCUCCGGAUGCUCUUCUCGGUUAGCCUGACGCGGAAGAUAAAGACAUUUGCAACCAAGAUGGUAAUCACCAGUGGAAAUGACGAGGACAAAGGAGGCCAAGAGAAAGAGAGUAAAGAGGAAAGCGUCCUGGCGAUGCUGGGCAUCAUUGGGACCAUCCUGAACCUCAUCGUCAUCAUCUUCGUAUACAUUUACACCACCCUGUGAAUGGCCCAGAGCCCCUGGGGGCCUAGGGAUGGCCGCGAGACAGGAGUCCUGUGUUCUCACAGGUCAGUGACCAGAGGCCGAGAGGACAGGAAGCUCGACCUACACACCCCGCUCCAUCCAAUGCACCCUCGAACUUUAUAAAAAGGUCACGAAUAAACCGAUCCUGCUGCAAGGAGCAGACACUAAAGCACAAUGAACCCAACAAAACUCAUUCACGCCACAAGGAACUCAGCGUCUUUGGCGGGGGGCCCAGGAGGAGGCUUGGAAGACCAGCCUUCGGCACCGGUGGUGAGCGCAUGGGUGCAGAAAUUCAUCAUCCCAGAUCGCUGACGACACUGUGCUGGAAAAGAUGAACGGGGCAGGCGCAGCUCAGCCGAGCAUCUCCCUGGACCAGCGUUCCCUCCGGUCUCCUUGAGCAGUCGAGUGCAGUAGACCACGGGGCAGUCCUCCGACAGGCAUCCCAUUCAUUACAAGUGUCUAACUAUUUGAUACCUGGGAGAUGACUUAUUUUUCUUUUUUUCAUUGGCUUGAUGUGUGUAUCUGUUCAUAUCAAGGUUUAUAAAUAUAUAUUUUUAAUAAAUGUGCUCUAUUUUUUAGCAUGAACCAAAUAUUUGGAGAGGCACUUCUAGAUUGAUAGUGCUUCCCUGCUUUUAACCGCUUUGCCCCCUCAUCUGCAAAAGUUCUUUUCUGUAUCCAUUCUAGUCCUCUGGUCUCCUGUUGAAUCUUGUACCUUUGCACUCUUGUUCUCUCUCUCUCUCUCUCUCUCACUCUCUGGUCAGGAGAACAUUUUUCCAUACUACCAACCAUGGUCUUUGUUGGUGCAUGUUGUAAGAGUGUCCAUUGAGCGGCUUUUUGUUAUACUGGAGAUAUAAAAUGAUCGUGGGCAUGCAGGCCAUAGAUGCACCCUAUCUGUACCGAAAAUUAUGCAUGAACAUUGGCUGAGUGAUCGAUGAGCUGUAAAGAAAUUUCAAAGGACUACCGUUGAGGAAGAGGAGUGUGACUCUAAUGGCAGAUGGACUCCUGGACAGAACAUUCCAGCGUCUUACUGGCCACAUUAUUAUCUCAUCCUCGUAACCAUUCGUUUAUCAGGUUUGGGUUUCCAGGACUGAGAGGUGGGAAGACCCGAGGUGGGGGCUCAGCACUGGGUGCCCUAGCCAGACGCCCCGGUCCUCUUUAAAGCUGGCAGGGUGUAAAUGACAUACACCCUCCCUAUUGCGAGGACACCCUUGGGACAGCAGCCUUUCAAGGGCAGUGUAAGGGGUUCCGUGAUUGCCCUAACAGAUUGCUGCGUUUCUUGAAGUUCUUGGUUUACACCUAACUGGAGCUACUUCCUCCCUGGCAGGUGGAGUGAUACAGAUUCGCCCUCUUCUGGUUGCCCGUGUUGAGCCCUUGCUUGCCUGCAGUGCCUGGCCUUAAAGUGAGGGUCCCUAUUCUUUCUGCCAGUGGGCGGGGAAAGCUGAUGCCAAGGAGGUCUCUUCCUCCUGUCUUCCCCUCCUUCCUGAAAUUCCACCAAUAGAGAACCAUUUCUUGGGCUCUGCCAAGGGACCAGACUCUUAUAAAGCAAAUGCCCCUGAGCACCUUUCCCUGACACUAAUUGAUCAGGUACCUUCUCUUCUCCUCCAGAAGGAGGGAAGCUAAUGUGUGUUUAGGCCACACUGUGUGCCAGGCACUUGGUAUGCAAGUCACGGAACGCUCAUCAUAGCCGUGUGAAAGAGGGAGUCUUUCCCCAUGUUGUAGAGGAGAGAUUGGGAGACUCCCCAAGAUCCCGUGGCUGAAGUGGAGUCAGAACUCCAACCGCCUUCCAUCUGGUUCCUUAGCUGAGUGAGGCCCAGGUGGCUGGAAAAGAGAGGAGGUGAGGAGGUCCCAGGAGGGUCAGGACUCAAAAGCCCAUCCUUCUGCUGAGGUCCAGCUCUGCACACCUCCCUCCCCCUCCCCAGUAAAAGUAAACAACCCCUGGGAGCUCCUCAGGCUCUAGCAGGAUGUCCCACAAAUCAGGACAAAAGGGUGGUGAGAAAUAAAAGAACUGUCAGGGAGAGGGGCUCUCUGACCAGUGUGUGAUUCUGGAAAGACCAUGUGAAAUUCCAACAUUGAACAGAUAAACAAUAAAGGUGCAACGGAAAAAAAAAAAAAAAAAAACUCCUAGUGCCCUUUGUUUUCGUCCAGGUGCCUUUGCCUAUCCCUAUUUUUAAUUUUAUUUAAAAAAAAAUCCAAAAACUUGAAUGUGAUUCUUUUAACACAUUUGUUUGGUUAGACCUGCAGAAGCCCCCGUGAUUUUUUUCAAUGACACUAAUUUCGGAAUUUAUUGAGGGGAACAACUGUCUUUGCAAUCCUCAAAACAGCUCCCUGUGGUUCUUCCAGGUGGUCUGAUCCACAGUCCCCACCAGUGCAUGCCAAGCCCAGCAGGGACCAGGAACACAGCACUCACAGCCCCCAUGUCUGCAGCCCUGUGAGGAGGUGGAGAGAGAAGCUGCCCAGGGCUGGCUGGCCACCAGCUGUCACCAUCUACCUGAGCCCCAGCUGGCCUUGACCAACUAUGGCAAUAUGUAACAUGACACCAGGGCUCUAUCCCAGCAUUUAGACUCUCCUGUGGGACACAAGACAAUCCCACCACACCCGUGUACUUUUUCUCAUGUUGCCAGAUGCAGGAAAAGUCUCUGAAAGGUGAAUUGGCUUUUCUGAAGCCACGUGAGCCACGUGCUGGCACAGCAGAAGCAGAUCACCCCCACAAGAGAGGGAGAGUGUCAGUACCCUGCUGGCCACAGCUGUGGGCUUGAUCUCUCUCAGAGCGGGCUGGAUGGUUGGGUCUCACAGUAGAUUCCCCUGAACCCGCCACUUCUUUGCCACAGCCCAGCUGACCCGGGGAGUGUGGCUGAACUGAUGCUCCUCACUGCUACUCCUGGAAAGCCACUCAGAAAGCCAGGGUCCCUGCAAUGGUGGGUCAGACAUGUGUCUGGCCAUGUACAUGGUGUAGUGGUCUUGACCUGCAGGGUGCUUGUCCUGUGGCCAGAAGCCACCUGAUCCUGAAUCCCAUCUCUGCCUCUUGUGAUUCGAGUGACCACAGGCACCUCACCAUCCUGGGGUGUCUCGAGGGGCUCUGGGAGGUCCACGUGACAGAACCUCCUGAGGAACAGCACCUGGCCUGGCCCCGGUAAGUGCCCAGGGAGCAGAGAGCUCCAGCUGCCACAUGAAGGCAGUCGGGGCACUGUCGGGAAGGUACUGCAGAAGGUGCGGCAGGUCUGUGAUCCCGUGUGUGUUUGCCCCCAAAUCCCAUUCUGUAGGCAUUUCCUCUCCUUUGUCUGAUGUAGACGGUGUAACCCAGGAUGGUGAGCCGACCCACCUGGGUUGCAGGCACCCUGUUCUCCACUUUUGCAGCCAAAAAGUGACAUUUAAAUCCUCAGGGAAAGAGCCUCAAGUGGCCUGAGGCUCAGUGGCGGGGAGAGGACGCCAAGGACUGUUAAGUUCAUUAUGAGGGAUCUGGACCCUGCGAAGAGGAGCAGGGUCUUAGGGUCCCGCUGCUUCUACAGGAUGGGAGGGGUGGGGCAGAGACACCCU